AUUGAAGUGGCCCCAAACAUCAAUCAGACCGUUGCUGCCACUCUUUAGCCAUUUAUCAUGUUUAGAGCCUCCAUUUACAAACAUUCCGCCCACAGGGCCCUUUCAGCCAGAAGCUUCUCGGUUUCUGCCGCAGCCUUGGCCAAGAUCAAGGUCAAAAACCCCAUUGUCGAGUUGGACGGUGACGAAAUGACUAGAAUCAUAUGGCAGAGAAUCAAGGAUAAGUUGAUAAACCCAUACUUGGACAUCGACUUGAAGUACUAUGAUUUGGGCAUCGAGUCCAGAGAUGCUACUGACGACAAGAUCACUAUCGACGCAGCCAAUGCCAUUAAGGAAUACGGAGUUGGGGUCAAAUGUGCCACCAUUACUCCCGACGAACAGAGAGUCGAAGAAUUCGGCUUGAAGAAAAUGUGGUUGUCUCCCAAUGGUACCAUCAGAAACAUAUUGGGUGGUACCGUCUUCAGAGAAUCCAUUAUCAUCCCCAGAGUGCCUAGACUUAUUCCUGGCUGGAAGGAGCCUAUUGUCAUUGGUAGACACGCCCAUGGAGACCAGUAUAAGGCUACAGACUUGGUUAUCAGCGAACCAGGUAAGGUUGAGUUAGUAUUUACUCCUGCAAAUGGUGGAGCCCCAGAAACCAGGACUGUCUACGACUACAAGAGUCCUGGUGUAGCCUUGGCCAUGUACAAUACUGAUGAGUCUAUUCGUGGUUUUGCACACUCCUCGUUCAAGAUGGCCUUGACCAAGAAGUUGCCUUUGUACAUGUCUACCAAGAACACCAUCUUGAAGAAGUACGACGGUAGAUUCAAGGACAUCUUCCAAGAGAUAUACGAAGCCGAAUACGCAUCUCAAUUCAAGGCUGCUGGCUUGUGGUACGAACACAGAUUGAUCGAUGACAUGGUAGCCCAGAUGAUCAAGUCUAAGGGAGGCUUUGUCAUGGCCUUGAAGAACUACGACGGUGAUGUACAAUCCGACAUCGUUGCUCAAGGGUUUGGAUCCUUGGGCUUGAUGACUUCCGUGUUGAUGACUCCAGACGGAAAGGCUUUCGAAUCGGAGGCUGCCCACGGAACUGUCACCAGACAUUACAGACAACACCAGCAAGGUAAGGAGACUUCCACCAACUCCAUUGCUUCUAUCUUUGCUUGGUCCAGAGGUAUUGCCCAAAGAGGUAGACUCGACAACACCCCAGAAGUUGUCGACUUCGCAAACACUCUUGAAAAGGCUACCCUUGACACUGUGCAAGAAGAUGGCAUCAUGACCAAGGACUUGGCUUUGGCUUGUGGUAAGACCGACAGAGCCUCUUAUGUGACUACAACCGAGUUUUUGGAUGCUGUUGCCGACAAAUUGAAGGCUCAAGUCAAGGUCUAGAUCACGACUGGAGUUAGCGGAACAGUCGGAAGCUGUGCUAUCUAGUCCUGUUCUAUUUUUUUUUGUUUAGUUCACCAUCUACUUUCUACAAUUCUCUACUCUUAAGAAUAGAGGAUAAACUCUAUCGUAUAGACCCUUACAUAGCAACUACGAAAUGCUCACUAAUUUACAACUUGUUGUAUAUAUCGUAUGGAGCUCUGAUUCUUUGUAUACACAUACCCUGCUUUCA